AUGGAUUCCAUUGAGAAAUAUGCCAGAGCAUGGGCUAAACGAGAAGAAGUUCAACUGGACACAUUGUCAGAAUGGGUCAAAACAAUCAGGUCUCUGAUAAAACGUCGCAUUCCUAAGUUGAAGAACUGUGUGAAUGAUCGACCAAGUCCAUUUUUAGUGACAAAGAGGCUUGAAGAUAAAAAAUUGAAAGACUUGAAAUCAAAACGUAUCAUUACUGCAGCUCAAUGGAAAUUACUGUUUCCCUGUAAUGGUUCUGAGACUUUUGAUAGAACUUUAAUGGUAGUUUUACUCCGGAACCUGACAAAUGUUUCUCAACCUACCGGUGGAUAUGACCAGUUACCACCGAGAACUGAUAUAACACCAACAGCUGACGUAGCAAGAAUCAAGUAUUACAGACACCAGCUAGCCCAUAAUGGCGAUUUUGAAGAUGGAAAGAUAAAUAAUGUGUCAUUUUGUACUGCUUGGGAUGAUAUCAGCGGGGCUGUGAAAAGACUAGGUGGCCAAAAUAUGGAGGACGAAUGUAAAGAGCUAAGAACAAAGCAACUAAACAAUUCAAAGGUACAUUGGAACAUAAGAUUAAACUACAAUCAGAUAUUAGAACAGUGGAAGACGAAUGACGUUAAUUUUACAGAGACCAGAGCAGCAAAAUAUGUUCUAGAAUGUGUUCAUGAAAAUAAUUGCGUUACUAUCACUGCUAGUUCUGGUGUAGGAAAGACAGCAACUCUCCAACAUGUGGCUUUGAAAAUGAAGAAUGAAGGGAAAAACGGACUUUUAAGUAAAUACUGUGCCUUGGCAUUAUGUGUAAUGUCUAACAACUUUUUGGUAGAGCGUGUAUUAACAGACGAGAUAGAUACAGCUAUGCAAAAUAGUAUAGAGAACGUAUGCGAGGCAUGCAGACUAAAUAAAGGAACAUCGAGGUUAUUAUUUCUUGAUGAACAUAAUUCACUUGAACAUACAUUUAUCAAGAAAGAACAAGGUGUAUACAGAACAAUACAUGAUAAACUAUUUGAUUUUUUGUCCUACUAUUUUGGAAAAAAGAUGAUAGAGUGUGUUAUCAAGAAUGCACAUAGACAGUUAAUUAUGGAAAUAUUUUUAUUUGAAAAGAGAGACGACAUGGGCAACGACAACUUUAUCACUAUUGUUCCACCUAAAUAUAAUAAAAUUUACUUUGAAAGAAUGAUUGCUGAUUGGUUGGAUGGCAGAGUUUUUCAUGUGUUUAAUAACAAGAAUAUGAUCAUACCAAAGUUCCAACAACUUCUGCUUCGUUGUGUGAAUGCAUUUCAUAAUGCAUUCCAGAGACAAUUAGCACAAACCUAUGAUAUCGAUUUCAAAGUUGAAAACAAGGCACACAUUAAUAAGCAUGGAAACGAAGAAGUAACUCCACUAUUCAUUGCUUGUCAAAAUGGAUCGUUAGAUAUAGUCAAGAUUUUACUGGACAACAAUGCAGACAUUAAUGAAUGUACAGUUACAGAAACAUCUCCUCUGCUGAUUGCUUGUGAGUUUAAUCAUGAGGAUAUUGUGAAGUUGUUACUGGACAACAAUGCCGACAUCAAUAAGUAUCAAGUGUCAGGUGCAUCUCCACUAAUUGCGUCUUGUAGAGGAGGGUAUACAACUAUAGUAAAUAUGUUACUUGAUAACAAGGCAGACAUAAAUAAGUGUACAGAUGAUGGUACAUCUGCCUUAUUUAUUGCUUGUUUAAAAAAUCAUGAGGAUGUAGUUAGGAUGUUACUAGAAAAUAAAGCAAACGUUAAUAUAUGUAGACAUGAAGGAGUAUCUCCACUGACUAUAUCUUGUCAAGAAGGGUAUAGUAAAAUAGUUAAAUUGUUACUCGAUAGCAAUGCAGAUAUUAAUAAGUAUAGAGAUAAAGAUCUAUUUCCACUUUUAUUUGCUUAUCAGAAUAACCACGUUGAUAUAGCAAAGUUGUUACUUGACAAAAACGCAGAUAUAAAUAUGUGUACAAAUAAUGGAACAUCUCCCCUGAUUAUUGCUAGUCAGAACAAUCAUUUAGAUAUAGUAAAAUUGUUACUGGAUCACAAGGCAGAUACAAAAAAGCGUAUAGAUACAGGAGCAUCUGCAUUAAGCAUUGCUUGUGAAAAUGGUUAUAAAGAUAUAAUACAGGUGAUUUUGGAUAGCAAAGCAGACAUCAACAAUUGUAAAGAUAAUGGAACAUUCCCAUUGUUUCUUGCUUGUAUGCAAAACCAUUCAGAUAUAGUAAAGAUGUUGAUUGAUAACGGAGCAGGCAUAAAUAAGUGUGCAAAUAACGGAACAUCUCCCUUGUUUACUGCUUGUCAAGAUAAUCAUAUUGACACAUUACAUAUUUUACUGAACCAUAACGCAGACAUCAAUAAGUCUACAGAUAAUGGAACAUCACCCCUGUUUGUUGCUUGUCAUAACGGCCAUAUUGAUACAGUAGAUAUUUUACUGAACCACAAAGCCGACAUUGAUAAGUGUACAGAUAUUGGAACAUCUCCCCUGUUUAUUGCUUGUAUGAAUAAUUAUGUAAAUAUAAUCAAGAUGCUACUGGACAACAAGGCAGACAUAAAUAAGUGUGCAGAAGAUGAAACAUCUCCCCUGUUUAUUGCUUGUAAGAAUAAUUAUGUAAAUAUAAUCAAGAUGCUACUGGACAACAAGGCAGACAUAAAUAAGUGUGCAGAAGAUGAAACAUCUCCCUUGUUUAUUGCUUGUCAAAACAAUCACAAAGAAUCAGUUAAGCUGUUACUUGAUAACAAGGCAUGCAUUAAUAAAUGUAGAUAUUUUGGAACGUCUCCACUGAUUAUGUCUUGUCAAGAAGGAUUCAUAGAUAUAGUGCAAAUGUUACUUGACAACGGAGCGGACGUUAAUAAGUGCUUAGAUAACGGGGCAUCUCCAUUAUUUCUAGCUUGCCAAGAUAAUUUGUUCUACAUAGUAAAGAUGUUGUGUGAAAACUUGGCAGAUAUAAAUAAGUGUACAAAUAAUGAAGUAUCUCCACUUUUUAUCGCUUGCCAAAAGAAUUAUAUACAUAUAGUAAAAAUGUUACUGGAAAAGAAAGCAGUCAUAGAUAAGGGAACAGAUAAUCAAACAACCCCCUUGUUUAUUGCUUGCCAGGAAAAUCAUGUUGAAAUAGUAAAGCUCUUACUGGACAACAAGGCAGACAUUAAUAAGUACACAGAUGAGGGAAUAUCUCCACUGUGCAUUGCUUGUAACAAUAACAAUAUACAUGUAGUAGAGCUGUUACUUGACAACAAGGCAAAUAUAAAUUAG